GAUUUGUACUUCGGUUAUUGACACACCACAGUUUUGUUAUCUCAAUGUGUGAAGUUUGAGGAACUGUCAAAACAAUAACUCAAACAAAAAGCGUCAGCCAUGGACAAGCUUCGGCGAGUUUUAAAUGGCCGAGAAGACAACGAGGAGCUUGGACUGACGACGCAGGUCCUGGAUGCCUCCACACUGAGUUACAGCACAAGGAUCAAAUGGUUCAUCAUAUGCUUUGCCUGUGGGAUCCUGUGCUCCAUACUGGGUACUGCACUACUCUUCCUGCCCAAAGGGAUGCAGCUGUUUGCAGUAUUUUACACAUUAGGAAACCUUGCAGCUCUGGCUAGCACCUGUUUCCUGAUGGGCCCAGUGAAACAGCUGAAGCGCAUGUUUGAGCCGACCAGACUCAUAGCCACCUGUGUCAUGCUGGUACAGCAUCUCAUACAUUCCUUUUGCUCGGGACGCAGUCAUAAAGUGCUUCACUUCCUGUUUGAGCUAAAGCUGCUUUUCUCAGCAAUCCAUGUAAUACCCACCCAAAAUAUGCAUCGUAAAUAUGUAAAAUAUUUUAUUGCCAAGAUUCUUUCUUCAUUUGUGCUCAUUUAAGCUAUAAGCAUUAUACUUGGAAAUGUAUCCGACAUUUUGGAUUAUAUGUAAAAGAAAUAUACGUCAGUGACUUUUUUUUUUUCUAUUUUUGCAGCAUUUGUAUGUGUAUUCUGGGUGAAUGAAAGGUAUGCGCCCAAAAUGAACAAAUGAAUGUGUUGUGAUGAGAGACUGCUGUUCGAAGUGCCAACACUGUGCCUUAUUUCUGUCUUAAUUUGUACAUUAAAUGCAACAGUUUGUGUAUUUUACACAUUUUUUUUUUUUUUUAAACCAUUCAACAGAGUAAACUGCCAACACUGCACUUCUUGUAAUAAACGCAAUUAUUCUCCA